CUAGAUAUUGUUUGGAAGUACCGCGUCUGGAACAUCGCCAAUAUGUCCUUUAGCCUGUCAGUCAAUUUGGACGACGCCUCAAUUAGACCUCUGAGAUCGAGACUCGGAUGCAAAACCUGCAAAAUCCGAAGAGUCAAGUGUGGAGAAGAAAAGCCUAAUUGCCUCCGAUGCACCAGCACAGGUCGCAAGUGCGAGUACGAAAAUCCAAUUGCCCGCACGUAUUGGUCUUCGGCUUCCACCUUUUCCAUCCUUGACACCCCUCUGUCAUUAUUAUCCAAUGCAGUACUGCGAGAGCGUCGCGCUUUUGCCUACUAUUUCCAAAACACAGCAACGUUUGUCGGCGGUGGACUGGAUGUGGAUUUCUGGCUCACCAUCGUCCCGCAGGUCUGCCGGAGUGAACCCGCCGUGUGGGAUGCCCUGAUCUCCAUAAGUUCACUGUUCGAGAGUCCCGAUCCCUGUCCGGAUCUCGUCUCUGUACGCCGGGGACAUGCUCGCACUCUAAAUCAAAACCAACAAGACGCGUUAGUCUGGUAUUCGCGUUCGGUAUCUGCUGUUCGCCGGGGAAUCGAGCGCGGUAGUGUGGACUCUUUUGUCGGAUUAAUCACCUGCAUCUUAUUUAUCUGCAUUGAGGCCCUUUGGGGUGGUAUGGAAGAGGCUUUGCACCUCUAUAGUCAAGGAGUACAUCUCAUACUCGCUUUACAGACCCAGAGUGCAUAUGCGGCUAUGACAGAAACCAAAACGUCCUUAUUAAAGGAUACAAUUGUCCCGAUUUUUAUCCGAAUUGGAGCCGUCACUCUCAAUACCGGCGUUUCAAUGAGCCCGCUAUUGCAGGAAACCGAACAUGAAUCCGCGCCGGAGUUUACCUCCCUCAAGUCCGCACGGGAAGCCAUUGUUAUCCUAGCCAUAGAGAUCCCACUUUUCGAACUAGAUUGCGAAGAAUACCUAAUACAGUCGCAUGCCUGCCACAUAUCCGAAGAACUGAUGAGUCGGCAGAAAGUCUUGUCAAGCAGGUUACAGAGCUGGUACACUGCUUUCACUAACAUUAUGGAAUCUCUUCGCACGAAGGAUGGCUUAUCAGCGCUGCAAGCUAGCACUGGUGCCCUUCUCCUCACUUACUAUGAAAUGUUAUCCGUUAUCAUCGGGGUCUGCGUAUCGCCAUUGCGCAUCACCACUGACGCUUAUACAUCGAAUUUUCAAAAUAUAGCCGAACAAUCCCGCAUCGCUUUGACAGGUUCAGCGCGACGUGAUGGUACACAACCACCGUUCACGUUCGAACUCAGUGUUGGCCUGCCACUUUGGUUUACGUGUAUCAGGUGUCGUGAACCCACAAUUCGACGCACAGCACUAGCUUUGCUACGUCGAGCGCAUCAUAUCGAAGGGCUUUAUAAGCGCGACUACGCAGCCACCAUGAGCGAAAGAAUUAUCAUGGUGGAAGAAAUGUACGGAAUAACGUCAAGUGCAGCCCAAAGCGUGGCCAACAUUACUACACGAAAACCAAACGAUGCAUGCAUUGAACACAAACCCCGUUGUCAAGGCAGUCGGGGCCCACACAGUCCCUUUGACAUGGACUUCGAACUCGGCGCAAGUCCAUACCUUCCACUUACCGAUACUGAACCCAGCACUUCGGAAGCAGUGCUUAUCCCAGCAGAGGCACGCAUUAGACCUCUCGGCAUUUUUCGGCCACGGGAUGGUUAUCCUCCUGAGAUGACUGAGGAUGAUAUCGCAAGGUUGAGCCUAAGCCGCGAUCAGACGUUUCUACAUUUCUCGCGGAACGAGCACGAUCAGUAUCACAAUACGUGGCACACGAUCCAUGGAUACGUUCCUAUUGAGUUCUAACUAUGUUCGAAGUUGCUUUGAUUUGAACUGAAUGGGGUAGAAGGAGUAAGAGAGGGUACGAUUUCAAGGAUAGCAU